AUGGAUAAAUACAAGUACAGAAUAGAAAUUCAACAGAUGAUGUUUGUCUCUGGCGAAAACAGUGAUCCUCCUGUGGAAACUACAUGUAUCAUUGAAGACAUAGUUCGUGGGCAAGUAAUAGAGAUUUUACUGCAGUCGACCAAGACUGCACAUACUAGAGGCAGUAAAAGCAUUAUGCCUGAAGAUGUCAUCUUUUUGAUUCGUCAUGAUAGAGCCAAAGUCAACAGACUGCGAACAUAUUUGUCGUGGAAAGAUCUGCGUAAGAACGCCAAAGAUCAAGACGCCAACGCUGCUGCUGGCGGUAACGCUGGCGGUGGUGCAGACGGCGGAGAAGGUGCCAUGGAAGACGACGACAAGAAGGGCGAUAAAGACGGCGGAAACAUGAUGCGGGUGAAGAAAUCACAGAUCAAGCUCCCGUGGGAGUUGCAGUUCAUGUUUAACGAGCAACCGCUGGAGAUGAAUGAGGAUGCAGAUGACCUGGAUGAGGAUGAACGUGAGGCAAAUGUGGCGACGCUUAAACGACUCAAGAUGGCCGAUGACCGUACUAGAGACAUGACAAAAGAAGAAUACGUGCAUUGGUCCGAUUGUCGACAAGCAAGUUUUACGUUUCGCAAGGGUAAGCGGUUCAAAGAUUGGUCUGGUAUCACUCAACUUACCGACAGCAAGCCUCACGACGAUGUUAUUGAUAUCCUCGGGUUUCUGACUUUCGAAAUUGUGUGCUCUUUGACAGAAACUGCCCUCAAGUUUAAAAAACGGGACGAACUUCUGCAAAGAAAGCGCGACAAGUCCCAAAAGGCACAACUUGAUGUGGUUUUGGAAAUCACAAGAGAACGAAAAAAGCGUUUAUUUGAUGGCCCGGACAAUGUUGUCAAUCCUUUGAAACCAAAACAUGUCGAGGAAGCGUGGCGAGCACUACAGGCUAUUGAUAUGAAGCAUCGAGCAUUAACGAAUUUUAAGGGCGGCAGGCUUAGCUCAAGGCCGGCAAUUAUGUAA